CUAAAAAACAAACCAGCUCCAUUAUGCCCAAUAAUAGCAGUUAUUUGAUUUCAAUAUGAAAGAACAAUGAUUUAUAUUAAUUUAAAUAAAAAACUUUAUCAAUCAACACCUUUUUUAUCAAUUAUUUAUUUUAUUAUUAUUUUAUCUAGUCAUAUAUAUUGGAUACUUAUUUGGUAUUUUGAAAAAGUUUAUCCUGGUCACUUAUUUUUCGUCUUUAUUGAAAAUGAAAUUUUUUUCUUUUGUUCAAUAUUUUCUAGGUCAAUAUGGAAUUGGUUUAUCAUGGAAUUUUCCAUUUUCAAUUGAAUAUUGGAAAUCAGUUAAAAUUGAAUUUAAUAGAAAAAUGUCUGAUGAUAGUUUAGAUUCUCAAUCAGAUGACUUUCAAUACAAUGAUAAUAGUCUUAUUGUUCAAGUUGAAUCAAUUCGAAAAUAUUUUACUCAAACGAAACGAACCGUCAUCAAUAAUAUAUCAUUUAAUUUAUAUCGAAAUCAAAUAACUGCUAUUAUUGGGCAUAAUGGAGCUGAAUAUUAA